AUGAAAUCUCUUAAAUACCUUUAUGUUUAUGGAUGCUCAAAGCUUGAGAAGUUUCCAGAAAUCUCAGAGGUUAUGAAGAAUCUAUCUAAGCUUCAUUUGGAUGGCACUGCAAUUAAGGAGCUGCCUGCCUCUAUUUUAAAUCUCACCAGUCUUGUUACUUUGAAGCUGAAUGAUUGCAGAGAACUUAAGAGUCUUCCAAGCAGCAUUUCUCACAUGAAAUCUCUUAAAUACCUUGAUGUUUCUAGAUGCUCAAAGCUUGAGAAGUUUCCAGAAAUUUCAGAGGUUAUGAAUAAUCUAUCUGAGCUUUAUUUGGGUCGCAUUGCAAUUAAGGAGCUGCCUGCUUCUAUUUUUAAUCUCACCAGUCUUGUUACUUUGAAGCUGAAUGAUUGCAGAGAACUUGAGAGUCUUCCAAGCAGCAUUUCUCACAUGAAAUCUCUUAAAUACCUUGAUGUUUCUAGAUGCUCAAAGCUUGAGAAGUUUCCAGAAAUUUCAGAGGUUAUGAAUAAUCUAUCUGAGCUUUAUUUGGGUCGCACUGCAAUUAAGGAGCUGCCUGCUUCUAUUUUUAAUCUCACCAGUCUUGUUACUUUGAGUCUGAAUGAUUGCAGAGAACUUGAGAGUCUUCCAAGCAGCAUUUCUCACAUGAAAUCUCUUAAAUACCUAUAUGUUUCUGGAUGCUCAAAGCUUGAGAAGUUUCCAGAAAUCUCAGAGGUUAUGAAGAAUCUAUCUAAGCUUCAUUUGGAUGGCACUGCAAUUAAGGAGCUGCCUGCCUCUAUUUUAAAUCUCACCAGUCUUGUUACUUUGAAGCUGAAUGAUUGCAGAGAACUUGAGAGUCUUCCAAGCAGCAUUUCUCACAUGAAAUCUCUUAAAUACCUUGAUGUUUCUGGAUGCUCAAAGCUUGAGAAGUUUCCAGAAAUUUUAGAGGUUAUGAAGAAUCUAUCUGGGCUUUAUUUGGAUGGCACUGCAAUUAAGGAGUUGCCUGCCUCUAUUUUGAAUCUCACCAGUCUUGUUACUUUGAAGCUGAAUGAUUGCAGAGAACUUGAGAGUCUUCCAAGCAGCAUUUCUCACAUGAAAUCUCUUAAAUACCUUGAUGUUUCUAGAUGCUCAAAGCUUGAGAAGUUUCCAGAAAUUUCAGAGGUUAUGAAUAAUCUAUCUGAGCUUUAUUUGGGUGGCACUGCAAUUAAGGAGCUGCCUGCUUCUAUUUUAAAUCUCACCAGUCUUGUUACUUUGAAGCUGAAUGAUUGCAGAGAACUUGAGAGUCUUCCAAGCAGCAUUUCUGACAUGAAAUCUCUUAAAUACCUUGAUGUUUCUAUAUGCUCAAAGCUUGAGAAGUUUCCAGAAAUUUCAGAGGUUAUGAAUAAUCUAUCUGAGCUUUAUUUGGAUGGCACUGCAAUCAAGGAGCUGCCUGCUUCUAUUUUAAAUCUCACCAGGCCUGAGCAGGAAUCUGGGGUUUUCUUCAAUAUGAAAUAUUUUGAGGUUGAGGUGCAUAAUGGCAAUUGGGAUGAAGUUGAGAAGUACCUCUCUGGGUUCACUAAAAUGGAAGCAGAAGUAUCUUGAGGCAUUGGACAAGCCUGAUCGGUCCCAAGCCGUGGAUAUUCUAGUAAAGGAUUGAAAUUUUUUUGCCGCAUUCGAUGAACUUUUGGAGGAAAUCGCUCAGCUCUCAACAUUGGAGAACUUUAGGGGGAGAAUGAACAACUAUCCAAGUGUGGAGAUUCAAAGUCUGCCAGGGCAAUCAUGUCGGUUGAACUUAAGAAACUGAUUGACCCAAAUCCCUUAUUCAGUGAUAAAUUGCAGUUCCCAAACCUAAAGCGUUCGAGGCUAUGGACUCUCAUUAACCAAGGGUAAUUACUCUGAAACCACGACUUCAGUUAUAUAAGAUUAGAUGUGCACUUCAUCGUAACUUAUGGAUGUUGCAAAUACUGGUCUUGCUUUAAUUUUUCCACAUAUGGAAUGAGUGCUUUUGUCUUCCGUUGCACUCAAAUGACAAUUUCAUCAAGUUGAUAGCACUAGCUAAUGAGUUCAUCGUUUACGUACACUGUCUAUGUG